AUUCUUUUUUACUCGAGUAAAUAAAUUAUAUUUACCAUGACGAAAUAAUUUGCUACUUAUAUUUCCUAAUCAUUGAGAGAAAUAUAUUUUUAUUUAUGUAUUUGUUUUUGAAGUAAGACUACUCAUCUUUGCACUUUCGCAAUGUUGUGCAAUGCCUUUGCCUCCUGUUGAGUCGGCUGCAUUGUGCCUUCCGAACCGAAUAUUGCAUCAUGAUGGCUUUUAAAUAGCCAAUUUUGUAUAUGCACUAUCAGUAUUUCUGAGCAAGAGUUAGAGAAAGUGUUUGAUUCUUUCGGUUCCAUGAUCCAUCAUUCAAAAUGUUGCAAGAACCCAUACCAGCUGCGGAAGGAGAAAGUAACGGAGAGAAAGAACAGAGAGAAAGACAUAGUGAACGACUGGGCAAGAAACUAUCCUAUCUACUGAGAUACGGAGCUAAGCAGGAAGGAUUGUCGGUGUGCGAUCAAGGUUUUGUGAAGUUAGAUGACCUGGUCAAAGUUUCCCUUCUUCAGCGGUACACUGCAGAGGAGGUGCUCCAGGAGGUCAGGCUAUCCAAAUCCUUCAACGGCAAGCGGAGAUACGAGGAUAAAAAAGUAAACAACAUCACCUAUGUGAGAGCCAGCUAUAACAGAAGAUUUGAGAGAAAUCCUUACCAUGAGGAAACCAAGGUGCAACGCCUGCUGGAAUGUUGCAUGGAGCAUAUCUGUACAAAUAUCAAGAACUACUCCCUGGAAGAUUGCCCCGAUGAGUUCCUUGUGAAUGAGAUAUUGCACAAGUUAAAAAGAAGAGGAAAGCUGACCAAUGUGGCCUUAGAGAACCUUCUUGGCCCGUACAUCGAGACCCUCAACUUAUCUGGCGCCCUCAUCACCCAGAGAGCCCCCAAGAUCAUCACCCAACAGUGUCCGAACCUCCGACACCUCAACCUGAAGGAUUGCGGAUACGUCGUCACGGAUCAUGCCAUCAUUUUCCUUAUGAAGAGGCUUUCAGAGCUGAGGGUCUUGAACCUGACCACCUGCAGCCACCUGACAGGCAGCUCCCUGCGCACCAUCCCCAAACACCUUCCCCACCUCCAGACCAUCAACCUCUCCUGGGUCACGGGCGUCACCGAAGGCGACCUGCUGGCGAUCAUCGAAGGAUGUCCCAAACUGGAGAAGAUCAUGUUCUACGGCGUGAAGCUUACAUUGUCAGAUGAAGCAUGCAUCAGGAUAGCCAAGGUGUGUGCGGAGAGACCUCUCUCUGUUUCGUACGACAACGGCCACGUCAGUUAAUGAAGGUCUUAAAGCCUGUCUGUACUAGUUUGGCCAAGAGGGAUUAGACCACCCAGCUUGGUCACUGGCAGGCGGUUAUCUCAUCAACUCGGC